AUGGCGGCAAAAGCUCAUCGUAUGACACAGGGACUUGUCUGCCCAGUCUGUGGCACGACCUACAGUCGGCGAGAACAUCUGCAACGUCAUCUGACAUCCCAUACUGGCGGUUCCUCUCACUUUUGCCAAGCCUGCGGCAAAGGCUUCAAGCGAAAGGAUGUCCUCAAGCGUCACUUUCUGACUUGUCUUGCUCGUCCGGGCCGCGCUGGCUCAUCGCCUGAAACAGAUCAAACGUUAAAGACCAAUCGAACAGCAUGCGAUCGGUGCGCAAGGCAGAAGAGAGCGUGCAACUCCAUGCAGCCUUGCAACACGUGUACCUUGAAGAAUUCAACUUGCACAUAUUCAUGGCUGAAGGACCAACGACCAUGUGGUUUGACCACCUCGGCCCCAGAGUCAGACACAAAACUUGAACGCAUCGGGAAUCCUUCCAACCGGACGCUGGACACGUCGCAUGUCGAGUGCGUUUCCCCUAGUCUGUCUUCAUCCAUGGGUGACAGUGACGAUGAAGAAGAGCUCACUGAUCCCUUCGAAUUCCUUACUCGCUUCACCAGCAAUGACUCUGGAAUGAGUGGCGCUUUUGAGGUAGACAGCUCUUUGUUGGCGGAACAUCCUCCAGGCGUUGGGUUCUCUGAACCAAGUCGAUGGAAUCUGCCUCCACAUAGCCGGGAGGAGCAGCGAACGCUCUCCUUCGAGCAAGAAGCCAAACAGGCUAGGUCAAAAUUUCGUCAGGACAGCCUCGAAACUUACGACAGGAUAGAGCUGCCGCAUAGUAUCGCAUCGCCUGACAGCGAAUUCACCUUUCAGUCUCAGACGGAGCCGUUCUUCCUCUCGCCCUGGUUCGAGACGUCCAUCUUUGCGGAAGACAAUACAGGGACACCACAGGACGCCGAGUCUCAUAUAGUUGACCAUGGCGGCCAGACGACCACUUUGGAGGCCCGGAACACUACACUGUCGUCGAAAAGUCACGAAAUAGUUGCCGCUAUCAAGGUCAUCGUCAUGUCUGGCUUCUCAGAUGUGAGCUUGACAGUAGGCGACUGGUCCGCACUUGUGGAGACUGCUUGCAUCAGUUUCUUUCAUCCGAACAAUCUGUCUCGAUAUCUCGAAUACUAUUGGGGUUUGUGGUACCCCAACGUCCCAACGAUCCACAAACCCUCCUUCAAUGCACAAGCAAGCCCUUGCCGUCUUCUUGCCCCCAUGGCUCUAAUCGGGGCAACCCUUUCGCCGAAUCCUGCUGAUCGCGAGAAGGCAAAGGCAUGGUUCGACGUGGUGGAGGAAAUGGUUUUCUCGGACGAGACCACAUUUGACUCGAGAGUAUCGACAACUGUACCCUGUCCUCCCGAGCAGCUGGAAGCCAGGCUGCGUUCCCUCCAAGCUGCCUAUGCUGUCUGCCUAUACCAAAACUGGGAAGGGCGCGACGCGGCCAAAGUCAGGAUUCGAAGACAACGCUUUGUCUUAUUGAUUUCCACCGCACGUGAUCUCAUGAGGUACGCAAAUCAUGGUCCUUGGAAAGCACUGCAACUCCAGGACUUCUCUUGGAAGGAUUUCGUGCUGCGAGAAGAACUGAUCCGUACCAUAAUGUAUAUCUUCCUUCUCGACACGGCUUUCACCAUUUUCAACAAUGUGCCUCCCAGAAUGAUCAUACGUGAGAUGACCAACGACUUGGCCUGCCCUGAGCCUUGUUUCCAAGCCUGUACUGCCGAAGAUUGCUUCCAAAAGGUCCGCGAAUGGACCGCUCAUCCACUUUGCUGCAAACGCACCACUCUUUACGCCUCCAUUAAAUAUUUCGGUCAGAAAGAUAUUGGACCUGUUACCCAACAGUACCUCGCUCAUGCCGGGGUCCUCAAUCUUUGGACCAUUGUAUCUGCAUUUCAUAAUUUGAUCUUCCACAUCGACCCCGGCUUUGGGUCCGAGUCACAAUUGGCGGCAAUGGCUAACGCCAUUAUCAAUUGGAAAGACAUCUGGAGACUCCGAUCUGUGAACGGCUUCAAAGACUGCCAUGGGCAUGUCCAUCUGGAGCCAAGUCCGUCUCAACUGGGUCGGCAUGAAGUCUGGAAGCGGACAGGGUUCAUGCGACGGGCUCCAGAAUACUGGUUGCUAGCACAAGCCAAACUCGAAAGGCUGGAAUCAUCUCAAAGAAGCCUUGAAGCCGCUGAAAGCCUUUCGGGACGUGACAACUGGCUUGCUAAUGUGCCGGGGACUGUGUUGUCUAAGUACGACGAGACGAGCAUGGAACAACUGAGUGAAUUUAUUAGUAGCUUUCAAGCGAUGAGGGUGGAUCAAGAAGAUAUAGACGACUUGACUCGAAACUGUAACAUCAUGGCGUGA